UUGCAAUUUGACUAUAUGAAUGUAUCUGCAAGCACAUCCAAAGAACGUGUCCAAUCAUCUAUGCUCAAAGAGUUUGAUAAGAAAAUCGACAUGAAGAGGGCAAAGCUUGAUAAAACACAUAAUACAAAAAAGGCAAAGCUUAAUAAAACAGAUACACAUUCUGCAACUGUAGCUCCUCAGGAUGUAGAACUUGAAGAAGAAGCUGAUGACAUUGAUGUUGUGGAGGUAGAUGUUAAAGUAGAGGGUGAAGAAGAUCAUGUAAAAAUGGAAAGGGAAAGGUGGUCUAAGGUAUGGAAGUAUUAUACUAGACUUCCAAUUGGUGCAGAUGGUAGGGAAAGGGCUGAAUGUGAUAAGUGCAAAAAAAGAUACAUUUGUGAAACAAAAAAUGGAACAGGUAGCUUGAGAAAUCACAUUGCAAAGUGUCCAAGAAGGGACAAAAGUGACAUAGCACAAUUCAGUUUUGCAAAAUCAGGUGGUUCAAUUUCAAUAAAUUCCACAGUUUUUAAACCCGAAAGAUUCCGUGAACUUAUUAGUGAAGCUAUUGUCAAGCAUGACCUUCCCUUUAGUUUUCGUGAGCAUAGUGAUUGUAUUCGGGAGAAGUUACAUGAUCUAUUUGGUGAAUACGUUAUUGAAUCACCCAUGGCUUAUAGAGCAUCAACCAUUUCAACAAGUGAUUCAAGUAAAAGUGUUUACAAAAAGAAAGAUGACACAACACUUAGUAAAAGCACGAGAGAAAUGCUACAAGAGUUCACAGUGUAUGAAACUAAGGAGUUUGCUUUGUCUCAAAAAUCACAAUUAGAGAUGUAUCUAGAUGAGCCAAGAAGUGACAUAACUGAAGAUAUAAAUGUGAUGAAGAGUUAUGUUUACAAGAUCUUACCGAAGAUGUUAUGA